GGCCUUCCGCGGAAGGGAAGAGUCCCGCAGUCGGAGGCGGCCGGCAGGGCGUGCGCUCGCUACCCGCAGCCGGGGCUGGGCCGGAGCCGGGCGAGGACUGGAGCCGGGGCCACACCGGGUUCAGCGGGCGAGGGGCAGCAGCCGCAGCGGGGCAACCAGGCCGCACCGGGCAGGGGACGGCGGGCGUGGUGUCUGCGGUCUCCUGAGCCCCGAUGUGAGGCGGCGGCGCCCCCGGCCCGAGCGCGCACCAUGGGGGCCCCCCUCGGCGUGGCGCUGGGCGCCCUCCACUACGUGGCACUUUUCCUGCAACUCGGCGGCGCCUCGCGGCCCGCCGGCCACGCGCCCUGGGACAACCACAUCUCCGGCCACGCCCUGUUCACAGAGACGCCCCACGACAUGACGGCGCGGACGGGCGAGGACGUGGAGAUGGCCUGCUCCUUCCGCGGCAGCGGCUCCCCCUCCUACUCGCUGGAGAUCCAGUGGUGGUACGUGCGGAGCCACAGAGACUGGACGGACAAGCAGGGAUGGGCCUCGAACCAGCUAAAAGCAUCUCAGCAGGAAGACGCAGGGAAGGACGCAACCAAAAUAAGUGUGGUCAAGGUGGUGGGCAGCAACAUCUCCCACAAGCUGCGCCUGUCGCGGGUGAAGCCCACGGACGAAGGCACCUACGAGUGCCGUGUCAUCGACUUCAGCGACGGCAAGGCCCGGCACCACAAGGUAAAGGCCUACCUGCGGGUGCAGCCGGGAGAGAACUCCGUCCUGCACCUGCCCGAGGCCCCGCCCGCAGCGCCCGCCCCACCGCCCCCCAAGCCCGGCAAGGAGCUGCGGAAGCGCUCGGUGGAUGAGGAGGCCUGCAGCCUCUAGACUGAUGCCCAGCCCGCCGCCGGCCCGCCCUGUGCCCCUACGGCUGUACCGAGUGCAUGAGGAGCCGCUGGACCGCUGGGGACGGGACUGCCCGGGUCCAGCUGCCUCCCCAUCCCGAGACCGCCCGUGACCCCCACGUCGGCCCUCCUCCCACCACCCCUUGGCUCAGCAUGUAAGGCCCACCCAACCCUUCCCCUUCAGACCCUCCCCGUGACCUGGCUCAGAGAAGGUGGCCCGGGGCACCGAGGGGACAACCGCCCCGGAACGCUGGGGUGGGGCACCAGGCCGGGGCCGGGCUGCCACCUUCUGUCACCAGCUUCAGUAGAGUCCAGUGUUUCGCUUUGCUUGCUUGUCCCCCAUCCCGUCCCAAGCUGGGGCCUCCCAGCCUCACUCCCCCUCCUUCCGACCAUCCCCUGCUUGGACCUGGAGGUGCGGACAGUGACCCCUCCCCAAAUUUGGACUUGAAUCUUCUGAGCAGAACUGGGGCCUCUCCUCUGGCAAAGAACUGGGAGCAGAAUCCCCAGGAGAGCUGUGGCCGGUUGGCAGGGUGGCUCACAGGGGCGCUGGGAGGAGAGGGAGACCCCACUGCCUCCAGGUGGGUCCUUCACGUUCAGCCUCCUUAUACUAAGAAACAGCUCCCUGCCCGCCCCGGGGCAGGAAUCUGCCCCUUCACAUGGCAAGUCGGAAGGAGGGCCUUUCCUCUCUGACCCCAUGGCCCCGUGCAGAGUUCUGCACCAGCAGGACCCCUUCGAGGGGCUUCGAGGCUCUCCAGGAGCCCCCCUCUGCCAGCUCCUAAUGUCCCAGCCGCCUCCCAGGACCCAUGCCAAACCCACCCAAGGGCCUGGGGCUGUUGGGAGCCGAGGGCCCCCCAAUACCAAUCCCCUCACAAUUCCUGAUCAGGGGGGCACCCACCCCCUGGUGAUUUGUAAAUAUUUCUAUUGGGCCCAACACCCCUUCAGAACUGGCUCAAACCUCCGGCCGCACCUCAACGAUGGAGUCGGGGGAUGUGGGAGAGGCUUUGCCUAGGGGUGGGUGGGUUACCCUGUACACAUGAUCCAGUCCGUGACUACCAGCCAACCUGAAUAAAGCGGUUUAAAAUA